AUGAAGAUCCAGUGUGAUGUAUGUAACAAGGACGAUGCCUCGGUGUUCUGCACCGCCGACGAGGCAGCUCUCUGCGACACCUGUGACCACCGAGUCCACCAUGCCAAUAAGCUCGCUUCCAAACACCAACGCUUCUCUCUUAUUCACCCCUCAUCAAAACAAUUCCCUGUCUGCGAUAUCUGUCAGGAGAGAAGAGCUUUCUUGUUUUGUCAGCAGGACAGAGCGAUUCUAUGCAGAGAGUGCGACCUUCCGGUUCACGCGGCCAACGAGCACACCCAGAAGCACAGCAGAUUUCUUCUCACAGGGGUCAAGCUCUCUGCUACAUCUACGGUUUACACAUCUUCAUCCCCGCCCACUGCAACAACUAGCCUUAAAUCUGCUGACGCUACUGUUACUGAUCCAAAGCCUCAACCUUUAAUAAAAAAGUCUGUUUCUACUUCCUCCCCUGCAAUUUCAAACCCACCUUCCAUGUCCAAGAACUCAACUUUAACCACCAACACAGCCAAUAGCAAUAAAGGUGGUGGAAUAUUCGUAGCUCAUGACGGGGUUGGUUGUGGUUCAACGAGUAGCAUAUCAGAGUACUUGAUAGAGACGCUUCCGGGUUGGCAUGUUGAGGACUUACUUGAUUUUUCUUCCGGUCCCCUUGGUUUCUGUAAGGCUGAUAAUGAGACGGUGUUGCCGUUUAUGGAUGCUGAUCUUGAAAGCAAUUUGAGCUCUUUCUCAUCAGAACAUAUGGGAAUUUGGGUUCCUCAAGCAUCAAAUCCUAUGCAUCAAUACUCACAGAUGGGUGGUGGGCUCAUUGGGUUCAAUAAGGAUGGUACAAACAUGAAAGCGAACAACAGAACGUGGAGGGAUGAUAGCUUCACAGUUCCUCAGAUCAGUCCUCCACCUGUUGGGGCCAAGAGGUCCAGACCUUUUUGA